UUUCUUUUUAUAUAUUCACUCAUGACAAAUCACCAACUGCAUCACUUUUCACCACAUCCUCUUUCUGUGUUCUGUUUUGUCAGUGUAUGAUAAAUACACUGAAUAAAAAAAACACUUUUUACUCUGUAUCUUGUGUUGGUUUCUAAACUGGUCCACUUUAUUUACCGGAGAGUCUGUUACCUUCAUAUGUGACAUGAGGGAAGGAGAAGACACCGACUGGUAUUACUCAAUCUGGAAGGAUGGUGGAGAAUUUAUCCGCUCCAAGAACUAUAUAUUACAACCACUAGUUAUAGGUUACAGUGGUGAAUACCAGUGCUUUGGUGAUCACAAAAUCUCCCCACCUUUUAGAAAAGAAAGUAAUAAAGUCUCUCUAACUGUAUCAGCAAACAAACCCCGGGCCGAACUGAGUGCUGACAACAGAGACAUUCCAGUAGGGGGCAGUAUGAUCCUGACCUGCUCUGUGAACCCAUCAUCAUCAUCAUCAUCUUCAUCAUCAUCAUCAACAUCAUCUGGUUGGAAAUACUUCUGGUACAGAGGAGAGAAAACCUCUGAACCCCUGACCACACAGGAUGUUGUCUUCCUCUCAACUGGACAAAUCAGUGUCUCAGUAGGAGGAGUCUACUCGUGCAGAGGAGGAAGAGGACAGCCUGAUUACUACACAGAGUACAGUGAUUCAAUCAUUGUCAACAAGAAAUUUGCAAACAAGGCUGUUGUGACUCUUCAACCAAACUGGUCUGAAAUAUACGAAGGAGAGAAGCUCACUCUCAGAUGUGGGAUCACAGAUGAAGGAGACUCUGAGUGGGAGUAUGAAUGGACAACAACCAGCUCAAUAAAACCUUCAAAUCAAAAUGAACACCAUAUUAGAUCUGCUGAUGCAUCCCACAGUGGGACCUACAGCUGUAAGGGCAGAAUGAAAAGUGCACAGCAGUCUUCAACAGAGUGGAGUGAUCCCAUUACAUUGACAGUAUCAAACAAUAAACCUCAGCCUGUCCUCACUGUGUCUCCAUCAUGGCUGAGUCCUGGAGCCUCAGUAACUCUGAGCUGCAGUGUUAAAGAUCCAUCUGCAGGAUGGAGGUUCUACUGGUAUAAGGCUGUUCCCAGACUGUCAGACAUCUCCUACAGCUAUGAUCUGCUACCUGGCAGCACCAAUGGGACUGAACAGGAUUCCUACAUUGUUGAUGGACAGACACACACAGCAGGAUAUGUGUGCAGAGCUGCAAGAGGAGAUCCAGUGUUUUACACUCGUUACAGUGGACCAAAGUUUGUCUGGUCUGGAGAUGUUCAUCCAGCAGCGUCUCUCACAGUGGGUCCUGACAGAUCGCAGCACUUUGACCAAGAGUCUCUGUCACUGAGCUGUGAGGGAAACUCCACUGAGUGGAGAGUGAAGAUGUUUAAUGAACCUAGCACUGUGUAUCCCUGUUCUAUCUUUGCGAAAAUGAAUGGAUCUACAUGCAACAUAGACCGUUUCUGGUUUAGUGGAGUGUACUGGUGUGAGUCUGAAACAGGACAGAUCAGUAAUGCAAUCAACAUCACUAUACAGAAUGGUGAUAUUAUCCUGGUGAGCCCUGUCCUUCCUGUGGCUGAGGGACAUUCUGUCACUCUUGGCUGCAAGUUGAAUACAGAAAAUGUUCUUUAUAAUGUGGAUUUCUAUAAAAAUGACGAACUCAUCCAAAAAGGUACCAGAGGGGAGCUGACUAUCUCUGCAGUGUCAAAGUCACAUGAAGGCUUUUAUAAAUGUGAAGGAAAUGAGUCACCAGGUCGGAGGAGUCAGACGUCACAAGAGAGUUGGAUGUCAGUAAAACCAGCGUCCAGGCUUGAAGAAAUCUCUCCAUUUCCUGUGCUGUUGGUUGUUGGGAUGGUUGGUGGAGUUUUACUGAUUCUUCUCCUGCUGCUGUUUCUGUAUCGCUACAGAAAGUCAAACGAUUCAUGCUUCAGCAGGUCUCAGAGCACCAAUCAGAGCCCUGCUACAGACCACAUGAACAACCAGGUGGACGCUCAAUACGCUUCUCUUCUCCAUGGUGAUGCUUGUCUCUAUGAAACAAUCAAAGGCCCUGAAGAACCUGGACAUGGGAGGAAUAAAGAACCAGAGGACAGCCUUUAAUCCAAUGUGACGAUAGGUUCAGCUGCAGAUCAAUAAAGACAUCUGAGGACAAAACCAAUGGAAUGGGUGACAACUUAUAGGACCACACUGUUGUUUAAGCAGUAUUUGCAACUUAAAGAAAAAGUGUGAUUAUUGUGUGCACCUCUGCUAUUAGACAUUAUUUUGUACAGUUGACCUUAUAGCAGAUAAUUGGAAGGAAAUACAUCAUAUGGCUUUAAUCGUUUGUUGUAAUUGGUGAAAAGACUACAGAGUUUUACAUAAAAUAAUUAUAUACCAACUUGUCUUGGAUGGACACAGAACUCACAUUACACUGUGUCCAAGACAAACUUGCUGGACAAUAACAGAUGCCGGUUAAUUUAGGCUUUACUUACCUGUAUCUUUCUUGGCUUGAGUGUGGGAGUGUACUUGGGCAUAUAACAGGUUGUCGUCUAAAACAGAAGCCACAUUUUGGGUUAUAUAUGAAUGGAUGGAUCGAUAGGCAGAAUAAAGCUAAGUUAAAUGCG